AUGGCCACCUCGCGCUCAGAGCAAUCUCUGCUGCUCGCAUCGCUCGUCUCAUCUGCGCAAUCUGGCCCUUCCUCUUCCAGACCCAAUGCUCGACCUCUGGACUCGGCACGACCUUUAGAAAUCAGCUGUGGUCUCAACCCCAACGCUGCUGGUAGUGCUGAAGUGGCAAGAGAUGGCACAAGAGCUUCUGUGGUCAUCGGAGCAGAGGUCAGGGAAGAGGGCGAAGGUGGGUGGGAGGUCGCCUGCGAUAUAUCUUCCAGCGUCGCAACAAUCUACCCUCAGCUGGCUUCCACCUUUGAGACGCUUCUAGCCUCCGCACUGCCGGCUGCGCCGUAUCUCACCACACCCGGCCUAGGGCCUCAGUGGUACCUGACCCUGGACGCGCGGUUGCUAUCUGCGGAUGGCGGGAACGCAUUGGACUGCCUGCUGGCCGCAGCAUGGGCAGCAGUCAAUGACGUCAGAUUGCCACAGACUAGGCGAAUAGGCGCAGGGUCAAGCCGGGUCGCAGGCAAGGGCGUGCCAAGUAGUGGUGAACGUCAAAACCUUGCGAGAAGCUUGGCGGAUCAAGCUCGAGAAGGUGAAGGCUUGGGCAAAGCUGGCCUCUCUGGACUCAAAGGUUUCGUGAGCGGGGCGGACAAGGGCACGGGCGGACCCUCUGGUGCAAAGGAUUUUGAGCUUGUAGAAGGAACGGACAUGAUCCUGGCGGGAGCACCUCAUAUGGGCGUGGCCGUGACCCUGGCACUGCUUCCUCAACCGAAUGGUGCUGCAAAGAGCUCGUCGAAGCUAAAUGGUGCUGAUACCCUAUUUUCCAACCCUUGCCCGCUGACACAGCUCCCUCGUGGCCUCCAUCUGCUGGACCCGAACUUGCACGAAGAGAUUGCGCUCCCACCCCACCUCCGCCUUUGCGUCAUUGCCUCGCCCUCGGAAGCAGAUCCAAAGAAGCCUGUGAUAUGGUCAGCAAGGCUCCUAUCGGACCCGCCGGGAAGUGAAGUGGGAGCGAGCGGAAGGGACGCUGCAGCUGGUGCGGCUCUUGCACCUGCUAGGAACAAGGUCGCAGGCGCUGCAGCGGAUGAAUCUCGAGAGCUGCUGGAGGAAGCUUGGGGCGCACCUGAUCUGUCUAGGGUGAGAGGAGGCAUCAAGGUAGGCGCUGACGGGCCCAAGCACAAUCUUGGAUCAGCUGGCGGCACUCUACGCAUUGCAGCUUCAUGA